GACGAGCCCGAAAACUGCGUCAUAUACGCGACAAUGUGUUGUCACGUGAUCGAAGAAGCUUGUAUGGGCUCAAGGAGGUUCAUACGUCAAGGGUUGUCAAGCGCGUUCAAAAUCAAGCUGAUACGAUCUUGCAAGGAAGUGUUGACAGGAGCCGGCGUAUUGCCGUAUAUAAGAACGGCUCUGCAGCCUCAGGAUCCAAGGCGAUUGGAACAGAGCUUUGACGUAAACGUUCGUGACCGUAUGCAUGGAACGUGCAGGUUUAUGGGUGAACUGUUCAUGCGGGACCAAAUGUUCAAAACCGUAAUGAGUACCAUCGACAUGUUCAUGCAGAUACACGACGCGCAUUCGUUGGAAUGUCUCUGCGUUUUACUGACCAUAAUCGCACCAAAACUUGAAAAAGUUAUUGAUGCCCCAAAACAAGUGUACGAAAAACUGAAAAGCUACUCAGUCACCGGAUAUGCGGACAACGUUCCUCUGUCUCGGCAAACAAUAGACAUGAUCGAUAUACUUCUGAGCGUGCGAAAAUAUAAUACGAAUGCUUCAAAUUCGUGGCGAGGCGAUUUUACUGGAAGAAAUACCAGGAAGGCUAGAAACAGCCGUCGUCGGGAAAUGCAGUCGGUGGAUCACCGUGCGAAUUGCAUCUCCGGCGAGAUUUCUCAAGGCUGCCAAAACCCGCCCUCCUGUGAUAAUUCGACGUCUGCAAAGCACCACGGGAAACAGGUCACAUUCAACCCCGUGGUGUCUAUAAUAUAUUAUUGUGACCAUUAG